AUUGGGUUUUAGGGUUUAGCAGGGUACCGACUUCACUUCACACUUCGCAUUAAGCAUUUGUGAACAGAGAAGAACAAAAGAACAAGUUUGUGGAGUGAAGGCGCAGCAGCAACCAUGGCCAGCACUAAAGUUCAGAGGAUCAUGACCCAACCCAUUAACCUGAUUUUCAGGUUUCUCCAAAGCAAAGCUCGCAUUCAGAUUUGGCUGUUUGAGCAGAAAGAUUUGAGGAUCGAAGGCCGUAUUAUUGGAUUUGAUGAGUACAUGAAUUUGGUUUUGGAUGAUGCUGAAGAAGUUAAUGUAAAGAAGAAGACUAAAAAGUCACUGGGGAGGAUCCUCUUGAAGGGAGACAAUAUAACUCUGAUGAUGAAUACGGGAAAAUGAUAACUGAGGUGAUGGUGGUUUGUGAUAUGGCAAAGUUACUCUUUCUUCCUUUUGUAGUCAAUCUUCUUUCUGGAAUUUUCUCUAGUCAAUCAAUCAAGCAGAAUAUUGGAAUUUCACUGCUAAGCUUUCAAUUACGAUGCCUUUUGUAAUGAUGAAUCCUCCUGGAGACUGACCAUGGAUGUAUAGCUAUUUGUAUGACAUUCUGUCUGCACAUUUUAUCCCCAUUUUAUGAGAUUAUAUGUGAUCCUUUUCCAUGGUUUUCCUAAA